GGUUUUGGAUGCCGGUAGACUUCUUGUCAUCUUCAACAGCACAUCAACGCUGUCUCGGUAAUGACUAUAGAAAUGGCUUCAAGUCAUUCUCAUCAGAGAGACGUCGCGCAGUUGAAAGAAAUUUGCGGUAUUAGUGAAGACGAAGCACAGAAAGCUUACAAAGAUGGUGGCUAUAAUGUUGAGAAAGCUGUUGAACUGUUGACCGAUCGCAAAAAGCAAUCAGCUGAUGGAAAGACAAUGCAUGUUGCUCCGUACAGAGAAGAAGUCACAACAUUAAGCAAUCAAACGUCUGCAAAUAAGGGCGACGUAGUGGACUUGACUACCGAGGAUGAUGAGAUUCAACGAGCAAUUGCUUUAAGUCUACACCAUUCAUUUCAGCCAGUUGUGUCUCGAAGUGGAAUUUCUCAAGAAGAUGAAGAGAUAAGUCGUGCUUUAGAAGAGAGUAUUGCUGCUAACCAGGACAUGGCAAGACGUGGCCGUAUUGAUCCAUGGAUGAUGUUUGCGGAUCCUCUAAAUCCUCAUGAGAGAACAAGACAGGGAGACACUCCAGUAGGACUCAAGAAUGUUGGGAAUACGUGCUGGUUUAGUGCAGUCAUUCAGUCUUUAUUUCACCUUCCAAUUGUGAGGAAACACAUUCUUUCAUACAAAAUGCCAGCUCUUUCGUUGGUUCCAUCAAGCAGCUCAGAAUCUGAUCAAGCUUUGGCAAGACAGAAUGCAGUCGCUGUUCUUAAGUUUAUGGAAGAAUUAAGAAUCCUUUUCUCUCUUCUUGUGGGAAGUAAGAGGAAAUACGUUAAUCCCCAAAAACCAGUAGAGAUUUUGAAGUCUGCAUUCAUAGUGUCUUCUUCUCAGUUUUCAUGUCAACAGGAUGUUAGUGAAUUCAACCACAAGCUAUUAGAGUGGUUGCAGGAUGCUUUUCAUUUACAACAAUUAGAAGAGAAUAGCAAGGGCAACAAUAAACAGGAAGCUCGUACAGAAGAAAGGAAUCCAGUUGUGAGACUUUUUUAUGGAAAAUGCAAGACAGAAGGAAUAAAUGAAGGGAAGUCCUUUGAUAAUGAAUGUUUCUUCACGUCAUUGCCAGUUCAAGUUCAAGGUCAUCAUGAUCUUCACUCUUGUCUGGAAGCUUCACUUGUUCACAGGGAGAUUGAGCCUGUUAGCAGCAGUGAAUCAACCUGCUUGAAGGCUGAGCAAGAGAUGUGGUUUCUUCAACUUCCGCCGAUACUUACCAUAGAGUUGUCACGGUUUGAAUUUAAUCAAACCAAACAGAAAGCUGAAAAGAUUCAUGAUAAACUAACAUUUUCAAGGUCUAUCUUUAUGGACAGAUAUUUAGAAUGCAACAAAGUAGAUGUAACUGCUCGUAGAGACACUGUGUACAAACUUAGACGAAAAUUGGACAUUCUGGAAAGGCAAUUGGAUAAGUUUACAAGCUACAAAUCAAAGCGUGUUGCCCUUCAAGAUGUAUUUGACCUUGCUCUUGGAUUUGCACACACCAAGAGGAUGCGAUCUGAUGAUUACAAAAGAGAUGAGGAUGUUAUGGAGACUUCACCUCAGACUUUACAGACUUCAGUCAGUCAGAAUGCUAUUGUAGUAGAACCAUGUCCACGGCAUGUAACUGAAGAGGAGCUGAAGACAUUACAGACUUGUCUGACAAGAUGGAGGAAAGAAGUAGAUGAAGACCAACUAGGUUUACGAGAAGAUAUUAAUGAAGUGGUGAACCAAAUCAAUGAAAUGUACAAUGACCCUAGUUUAACUCAAGUUUUGUAUGAGCUCUAUGCUGUUCUUGUCCAUGAGGGAGAAGCAGCAGGAGGCCAUUAUUGGGCAUACAUUAGACCUAACCUAUCCGACAUUUGGCUCAAAUUUAACGAUAUUUCAGUAAUUGAAGUGACGUGGGAUGAGGUGGAAAGAGAAUCAAUGGGAGAACAUCACACAGCAUCAGCUUAUUGUCUUAUUUAUGUGGAUCAUAGUAAGCAAGACUGGAUUGUCUGUAACAAUGACUCGUUAGAUUUGCCACCUGAUCUACAAAUAGUGGUUGAUGAGGACAACGAGAAACUGCAAGAAGAAAUUAGGGAAUAUGACAAGAAGCAAGAGGAAACACAGUCGUUUUCUUUGCCAAAGGAAGUUAUUGGUGAUCUUGGACCUCGUCCUGAUGUUGUUGGGCAGGAGAAACAGCCGUCGGGUUCUAACGUGAAUCGUUUUGAGUUAGCAAGUGAACCUGAACAUCCUCAGGAGGUCAUCGCUGAAGAACAGCUUAGAUCUGCUGUUGAAAUUGACAUAGUACUAAACCCUGCUAACAUUGACAGUUACGUGUCUGAAAUUUUCACUCAACAACACAGCGUAUUCAUGUCAAAAUUUACAAAACAAGUGGAGAAUUUCUCAUUUACUAAUGACACACGGCUAUUGCAUUUGUGUUGCUACAUGAUGGCAUCUAAUGCACCACAAGUUCUUGUUGAUCUUGCUGUUUAUGAGGCCAUUGUGCAAGAGAUUCUACUUGAUGCGAUUCCUUCUAGCAGUCAUCAUGCUGUACAGAAUGCUGCUUAUCGAAAGAUGAGAUCACUGGGAUGUACUGAGGACCAUGCAGAGCUAAAGCACUGGAAACAUUAUUAUGAAAAGUUUUGUGAAACUGCUGCUUACUUUGUCAAAGGAUUAGAUUAUCUUAGUGAGAAUAGUUAUGCAGAAGCAUUGACGUAUGUUAUGAAAGCAUUUCAACUGAACAAUCAUCUUACGUUUCCCAGCUGUCCAGCUGGCUCUUUUGACAUUAACGAUCUGGCAAAGCCUCGGCAACAUUGUCUCAAGGUUGUAAAUCAAGAGGCUUUGAAUUUGUUUGUCAACUUUGAUGUUGACAACAUAGAUAAAGCUAUGCGUCUUAUUCGCGGCUUGAUUAUUCCUUGUUUUUCUGAAUUGGAGAGAAGUUCACUACCCAGUGACCUUGAAGUCAAGGAGGAAGUAAGAGAGGCUUGGUGUAGCCUUGUGUCAGGUGACAACCUUGGAGAAAAUCGUCAAGAGAGGCUACAAGAAGUGCUUGAGAAGCUGUUUGAUGUCUCUUCCAGCAGAUCAAGUGAAAUACAGACGCCUCCUAUUCCACGAGACUUGAUGAAAAAUUUGUUUCGACGAUACAAUUUAAUAGUAGCAAAGUUUCAGCAGAAUUAAGUACAGUAAUUGAUGAUAAUUAUCUAUACAGUCUAUUACUAAUGUUGAUGCGAGAUUUUAACGCACGUUAUAUGAUUGCGUUUUAACUUUGUAGCGUACGUUAUCAAUUAAAGUACAAGGAUGUCGUAUGA